AUGUUGGCAGUGGGGAAGAGAGUGGAGCGUUCAACCAAAGGCAUGUGUGAUGGUGGACUUACCAUUAGUUUGACUGUUGAAGGAGAGACCGUCCGUGGUAAAAACUCUGGUGAAGCACUUAAUCUCCUACUGUACUGGAUUCCCUUUGGCUUCUUCGCCCUCAUUGACGCCACCUCUAUUAGUGACAUUCCUGCUUAUUUCCUUCUUAAGACCGCAUUCCUCCUGUUUCUUUUCCUUCCUCAAACAAAAGGAGCAGUUCUGAUCUUUCAAAAAGUCAUUGAACCUGCGGCAAGAGCAUUCGAAGCAGCAAUAGUUAAGAUUAACAACAGUAUUUGA